GCGCGAGCGCCGAGUCGAGCGCGGCGCGGCUCAGUGCUGCGCCGACCGCGGUGUUGGACCCGACGCCCUUUCGAACGGUGCGGCAGGGGUGAGCGACGGGCCGUCAAAGAGUCCGACGACAGGCGCGCUCGAACACCUGCGGAGGGAGUUUGUUUCCUUCGCACGAUUGCCAAAGAGUUUGUUUCCGCUCUAUGACAGUUUUUUCCUUCUUAUUGCUUUUUUUUGGUACCCGCUGUCUGCCAAGGACUGCUGCCACUGCGGAAGUGGGUCUCAUUUUCGGCGUUGUGAUUCAGCCGUUGGAAGCUUGUGUGAAGAUUUUGCUGUGAAAAGGGAGGAAGAAAAAAAAAUGGAAGGUUGGGCGAAAAUUUUGUUUCUUCCGCGAAGUCUUCCGGCAAAGGCCUGAGGUAGGGACACUGCUACAUCGCUCCCGCAGGAGUAAGGGUGAUGCCCAACGCCCUGUUGACCUAUACUUUCCACUGUCGUAGUCAAGCGGUACACCGCCUGCACAAGCAUUGCCUGUUCAAGGCUUCUCACUGUGUCUGGCGUGCCCGGAUUCGUCAUUGAAAGAAUCGGUCUCGACGAAUGAGUGGAGGAGCGCAAGCAAAUUCUUGAGACACUGCUCGCACGCCACUCGAUUCUCCAUGUCUCCGACCGAGAGCAUGCUACUGGAGGUCUCCUCGCCGACUUUCAUCGUGAACGGAACCCUGCCAAGCGUGUCUAUGGCAGCGGAGGAACCUGUGGCAUCGCCUGCCACAAUCGCCACGCUCGCCUCGCUAUUCGCCGCCAUCGGCAUUUCGGGGGUGCUGGGCAACGCGUUCGUGGUGUGCGCCGUCCUGGGCGACAGAGACAUGCGCAGUUCGGUGACCAACCUGUUCAUCCUGAACCUGGCACUCAGCGACCUCACCAUUCUGCUGGCCUGCGUGCCGGACAUCGUGCUCUUCAUCCGGAACCGCGGCUGGGAGCUGGGCUUGGGCCUGUGCCGCACGCUGCGCUUCAUCGAGGUCAUGGCCCUCUACGCCUCGGUGAUGACUCUGGUCAGCGUCUGCGUCGAGCGGUACGUUGCCAUCGUGCACCCGAUGCGGGCCCACCUGCUCUGCUGUCGCAAGCGGGUUAGACUGGUCAUCGGCGCGCUGUGGCCUCUGUCGGCACUGCUGGCGGCGCCAAACCUCGUCUACCACGAGAUACACGGCGUCAGACCUGGGUUUGCACCGUGUGUCAUGCACUUCCCCUCCUUCGAAGCGUUCGUGUUGUUCAAGUACGCCGAGUUCCUACUCUUCUACCUUCUGCCACUCGUGAUUCAGUGCGUGUUGUACACCAUCGUGGGCCUACGGCUGUUCAGCGCGGAGUCGUUCCGCUCAAUGGCACCGGCCGUUGGUCGUGAGAAGUACGCGCGGUCGGUCAAGGCCCGUCGCGGUGUCAUCAAGAUGUUGGUGGCCGGAGUGGCCGUGUACUUCAUCAGCUUUUCGCCUCAUCAGGUCUUGCUUCUCUACAACACGCUUUCAAGUCAACGUUUCGAAGAGACCUGGACGUACCUAAUCAUCGUCAACAUGAUGGCCUACACGUCGUCAGCUUGCAACCCGCUGCUCUACAGCGUGUUCAGCCACAAGUUCCGCUCCAAGUUCCUCGCCAUCCUAGGAAUGCACAGGAGACGAGUUGUCCGAGGAUCGGGGAUGGCGUCGUCCAACAAGAAAAGCGACGCCAGGCGCUGGUCCUCGUCGCCCAUCACACGUGGAGGCGUCGGCGGCCAGUCCUGCAAGACAUCGCUUACGCAGGUGUGACGUCUGCGCAGUUCGGUCCUCAAGAGGCCGACGUGGGUGUGACGAAACACGGUGGCGUCAUGGGCGUGGCCACCAAUAAACGGCUGCGGCGGAAUGAACUGGGACUGAAUCUGCCGAGGUUAUACAUCGGUGCACAGAUUUUGAGACCUAACUUUGGGAGAUAUCGCGGAGGCAGGCUGGGUGGCGAUGUGAAGAUGUAGUGCGCACGCUCUGUGUCGACGGGGCGUUCCCUCCAAGCGACGUCGACAAGCUACACAAGGAACGAAGUUAUCAGGAAUUGUCGAACAAAGAAACUCAUUAGAGCCACCAUUUCGACAAGGAUGACUGUCUUUGCCAGAGCAGCAACUGGUUGCCUACCUGAAAUAGACGACAUUCCUUGUCGAAACGGGGAGUCUAAUGGCGUUCUCUGUUCGGCCAAUGUCAAUCAGUGCAAGCAUUCAUCUGUCUGUGAGCUCUUAUCUUACAAUGAAGAAAGUGUUUUGUUUUCUUUUUGACCGGUUGUAUAGGAGCCAGCAAUUCAUUUUCAGGACAGAGAGAAGACCUUUGCAGCUCAAGUUUAGUGAGUCACGUAUGUUUGGCGUUUGACAAAGCCCGGUGUGAGAUCAACGCUGCACUUGCGUUGAAGAGUGUAUUGCGGGAAAGUCUGUGUGAAGGUGAUGUUGAACACAAAACAGCCUAUUUUCGAUCGUCGGAGGUAUCAUAAUACCUUCGAUGCAUUACAUGCCAGCGAAAGCGUCAAUUUAAUAAAUUUGUGCAUACUGAUGGGCAUGGGUACAGUUUGAAUAUUUACGUCGACGUUGUUUCUGUGGCUCACAAAUAAAAGAAAAAGUGAAAAAGAAAAUUAGUUUUCAAAGGAACUUCCCGUUUGCGUGCGUUUUAAAGUGGAAAGCAUGUUUAACUUUUAUGUGAAUGUGAGUGUAGUGUUCAUCAUUGUAAAGCAUUAAAUUACUCUCGCAUCGUGCCACAGACAUGUGUGCUUUCUCUACUGUGUUAUAUGUGCUCUUAACUGUAUCUCAUUACUUGCAGUACUCGUUUUUAACAAUGUUAUCUUCG